AUGGCCGACCAUGAUACCGAAUUCCUCACCGAGCUCCCGGAAAUCCCAGAAGGCGAAUUCGUCAUUUUCGGUACUGUUCACGCGAUCCCAGAGCACGCAGAUGCCCUAGAAGUCGUCUACGCGGAGACUACUCGUCUGGCACAGUCCGAGCCUGGCUCAAUCUAUUAUUGCAUCUGCAGAGAUGAAAAGGAUCGAAAUAUGUUUCAUUUCUUUGAGCGCUACGCUAGUCGUCAGGCGUUUGAGGAUCAUAAUGCCCAGGCUAUCAUUGUGAAGCUUAUAGCGGAUAAGUGGUUUAGGGGUGUCAAGGCGAAGUUUUUGAAAGCAAUCCCGCCGACGAAGGUCUAG